AUGAAUCUUGACUCAAUUGCCAGCAGUUGUGUCCUGGCUUCCACCAAGGACUCCAAAACGGUGUCUCUGUGGCAUUGGAGUUGGGCGGUCCUUUCCGACGCUGCAACCCAUGCCUUCUUCGGUGACGCCAUCUCCAAAGUUGCCCCUAACGGCCUGGAAAACUUCUGGACAUACAACCUGGAAUCAUGGAAGAUACACUCCAAAUACCCCAGGUUUGCUGCCCCCAAAGCCUUUAAUUCUCUAGAGCGCAGCAUUCAGGUAUUCAUUGACUACCUGCGUCUGCCCAAACAGCAGAGGCCUGGGGCCUGUUGGCUUGUCGAGCAGCUUGAGCGAGGCAUGGAAGAGCUGGGCAUUUCCGAGCCCACCCAAUGCGGCGCCAUGUUAUUCAGCCUGCAGAACCUGAUCAACACCAACGCGUACCGGCAGUGCUUCUGGUGCCUCGCCUAUAUCUUGCAUGAUCAGGCGUUACUUGAACAAAUCAAGAAGGAGAUCCAACCAGCUUGGGAUGGCCGCACCGUCGACAUGGGCUACCUACUCAACCAUUGCCCUCUGCUUGCAUCAUUUUACGAAGAAAUGCUGAGACUGAACAAUGAGCCUGUUGGUAUCCGCUUAGUUGCGGAUCCGGUAACCAUUGGUGGCAAGGAGUUGCAGCCUGGUCGCAAACUUUUGAUGCCAUACAAGCAGUUGCACCUUGACCAGUCUGUAUUUGGCGCUAAUGUCGAUGCGUUCGAUGCCCGACGAUUUAUGAACGACAAGAGUUUGGAGCGUAGCACAAGUUGGCGGCCCUUUGGCGGUGCAAAGACACAUUGCCCGGGUCGAUUUCUGGCAAGGAGAGAGGUAUACAUGUUCUUGGCCCUGGCAUUGUUCCGGUUCGAUGUCAAGCUCGUUCCCCGGCCUGGCGAGAGCGUGCCUCGGUUCCCUUGCGCAGACACUGCCAUUCCUGCAGGUGGCUUGCUGCCCCCAAAACAAGGAGACGAUGUGUUCUUGGAGGUCAAACGAAACACUUCGUAG